AUAUACAUAUAUGUAUAGGAGAAUAUAAUUAAUAUCGUCGAUGGCAGGGCUAUAUAAUGAAGUUCAACCAGCUCUCACGAAGAAUAAGAAGAAGAAGCAAAAUGUGAUAUCAGAUGAAGGAGGUAGUGGUGUAAAUAUCGAAGGAAGAGGAGGAGUAGGAGUAGGAGGAGGGGCAGAUACUAACAAUAAUAGUACAAACAAGAAUAAUAGUAGUAAUAACACUCCUAAAGAUAACAGUUCUAGUACUGACUGGCCAGAAUCGCUUGAAUUAUUUGUACAGAAUAGUUUUAGUGAGGCAAUGAAACUUUCAACUGAGCAACAAACUAUUUUCCAUGAACAAUUGGGUAGCAUUGUUACAAUGGCCAAGUCACAGAAUUUAUUAUGGGAGAAUGAUUGGAGUAGGCAAACACUACCAAUAAUACAAGGGAGUAAUGAACAGAUCAAGUUGGUAGGACCACCAAACAGGGGGAAGCGAGGGAGAGACGACAAAGUUCCCAUUAGUAUUCCCCCUAGUCUUCCCACUAGUCUCCCCCGGAUACCCAAAGCUACAGGAUUGGAAACACCUCCACCUCAUAUUGCUCGUGUAAGUACACCUGUGGAAAGGGUUAGUAGUCCCAUAGGACUGGGAGUUAGCCCAGGGGGAGCAGAUUAUGAUUCUAGAGAAAGGAAAAGACAAAGAAUGGAAAGAUUUGGUACAGAAUCACCCAAGCCAAAAUAUGGUUAUCAACCACCAAGGAGUAACAAUGGACCUUCAGGUGUGGUGGGUACUUGUUUAGACUUAGAAAAACAUUACCUUCGUCUCACAUCGGAACCUGACCCUUCCAGAGUGAGACCUUUAGAGAUUCUCAAAGCAUCCUUAAUUCAUAUCCUUGAAAAACAUGAAUUUUCUCCUGAGCAGUAUUCAUACAAACUGUACCUUAAUAACCAAUUCAAAUCAAUCCGUCAAGAUUUAACCGUACAGCACAUCAAGAAUGAUUUCACCAUCGAGGUGUACGAGGUACACGCACGUGUAGCCAUCGAGAAUAAUGACUUGGGUGAAUUUAAUCAAUGUCAAUCACAAUUGAAAUAUUUAUAUAGAUUGAAACGAGACAUGGGCGGUCUUGUUGACGACAAAUUCAUGAAUCUGGAAUUAGAAUUUCUUUCUUAUAGAAUUCUUUAUAUGCUUAUGACCGGUAAUCAUUCAGAGAUUUAUAAAAUGAAGUUAGAACUUUAUUCAGAUACGACAGAACUUCCUAAACGUCAACGAGUAAGGCUAUUCAAAUGUGUGGAAGCUCUUUUCGAUCUUCAAGGAUAUUUGAUCCAAGGGAAUUAUUAUCAUUUUUUCCGAAUCUAUCGGUUUUUACAAUCCAAGCUGUACAUGCGACUUGCAUGUCACUUAAUGGAACAUUUCCUUGUUGAGAAGCAGAGACUUAAAUCACUAGCUAUUAUCUCCAGAAGUUAUCGUAAGAUUGGACUUUUGUAUUUAACUGAGAUUUUAAAUUUUAGUACUGAUGCCAAUGGCCCAGACAAUAUUUUAGGAUUUUUAGAGAAACAUAAGCUAACAGUUUACGUACAAGGGAACGAAUUGGAUUGUGUUCAAUCACGUGGAUCAUUGCAAAAUAUGGUUGUGCAACAAGGGUUCAAGAAGAUAGACAUCAAGGGUCAAAUAUAGAGAAUGAGUGAACCAUAAACUCUCUAUAUUUUUUCUUUAAAGAGAAGGUUUUUAUGCCCAAUCAAGAUCAUUUCUUGGAGAAUUUUUGGGCUGGAAGUCUUCAUAUAGGGGUUUAAGAGUAAGAAUUUGUUCAGCUAAGUUUCAACAUCAUUUUUUGAUGACCAUUAUAAAUAAUGAAUUUCUCUAUUAACUAAUAUAUCUUCUUUUAAAUGUCAAGAGAGGUUCUAGUUAACUUCACAUAUGGAGAACAAUUAUUAAGAUUCUGACAGAUGUAUAUUUAGUGAUAUCUAUACAUAUAUAUAUAUGCCUCUAUCUUUACAAAAAAUACAUACCCGGUACUACUGAACAGAUAAAUCUCAUGUGGU